AGCAGUAGCGGUCGAGAGAGUAAAUAGAGAAAGCCCCAAGAUGGCGGAGUCAGUGAGCUUCAUUCACUUUGGUGCAGCGACUAAAACGCCGCUCUCCAAACCCAAGGAGUCGAAACCGUCGUCCGAGAAUCGACCACAGUCUUCCCGGGACCACCAGCCUCCACCACCUAAGAAAGUUCGUAAUGAAGAGAAGAGUCUUAAACCGAAGAAACUAAAUGGAGAAGGCGGAGGAGGGGGAGGAGGCGGCGCAGCGGAGAAACAGCACCAGAAGCAGAGUUAUGGCAGCCCAACAUGGAGCUUCACUCCUAUCAAGUCGGGCAAUGCUACGGCGCCAACGCAGCCUCCACUACACAAAGUGUUCAAGCAGAGCGCCUUCCUCGCCUCUCCACCCAAACCCAAAAAGCUUAAGGAGAAGCGGGAGAAGGAAAAGGAAAAAGAGAAGGAAAAACGGAAACAUAAAUUAUCCUCUGAGAAUAGUAUUACUAGUCUUAGCAAUGUAGGUGUGAAAAAUGAGAACGGAGAGGUGAAGUUGUUGCAGAAAGACCACAUCAUCAAAGAUAAAGUGAAGGAGAGAGAGAGGGAGCGGGAAAAGAGAAAGGAGCGAGAUAAAGACAAGGAUAAAGAGCAGGAGAAGGACAAGGAGAAAAAGAAACACAAAUUGAUGAAUGAGAUCAAACGUGAGAAUGGAGAAGUCAAGCUACUGCAGAAAGGUGACAUGGAGAAAUCGAAGGUAAACUCAGAGGAGCUGUUGCUCAAAAAGGUCAAGAAGAAAAAGAAAAAGAAACACAAAGAGGGGGAGAAACGGAAGCGGCCUAAGAUGUACAGCAAGUCCAGCCAGACGCCAUGUUCAGCACUGCGCAGCUCGGACCUGCCAGGCCUGCUGGCCAAGUCUGAGACAGAAUUCAAACCCCCACUUCCUGUCCAUCAGGGCGGCAGCCUCUCCAACACCCUCUCCCUCUCCUCCCCGACUCUCAGUGCCAAGCAAGAGAAGAACUGCUGCUCCAAGGCUGCUUCCAGCACCAGGGACGUGCCGGUAAAAGCUGCGCAGCUGCACUCCAGGCUCCCUGGCCUGGAUGGCCUGGAGUUCGGCCGCUUUGUGCACGUGGAGCAGCAGCCGAAUGGUGGCGCUCUGCUGGUGCAUGCCUACAGCCGUGAGCUUGCAGUCCUCUCCCCCGAGGAGAUGCAGAGGUUUGCGCAGGAGUUUGUGACGCUGGCAUUCUGUGAGGACCAGAAUGGCGCGGCGCACUACGUCAUGGGCAUUGUCCACGGAGCUGCCUCCUACCUCCCCGACUUCUUGGAUUACUUCUCCUUAAAGUUCCCCAACUCGCCCGUCAAAAUGGAGAUCCUGGGGAAGAAGGACAUCGAGACAACUACUAUGGCAAACUUUCAUGCUCAGGUAAAGAGAACAUAUUCUCAUGGCACGUACCGAGCUGGGGCCAUGCGCCAGAUCAGUCUGGUGGGAGCUGUGGACGAAGAGGUGGGAGAUUACUUCCCAGAAUUCCUCAGCAUGUUACAGCAGUCCCCCUUCUUGGAACGUACUCUACCAUGGGGAACGUUUUCCAGUCUGAAGCUGAAGAGCCCUACAGAGAGUGAUGAUGGGCCCAUUAUGUGGGUCCGGCCUGGAGAGCAGAUGAUCCCUGUCACUGACAUGCCAAAGUCUCCCUUCAAAAGGAAAAGGUCAACCAAUGAAAUCAAGAACCUUCAGUACCUACCUCGGACAAGCGAGCCACGCGAGAUGCUGUUUGAGGACCGCACACGUGCACAUGCCGACCACAUCGGGCAAGGCUUCGAGAGGCGGACAACCGCUGCCGUGGGGGUGCUGAAAGCUGUACGCUGUGCUGAGGGUGCUGAGCCACCUCGCAUUACCAAAGACGUGGUCUGCUUCCACGCGGCAGACUUCACUGAUGUCGUGCAGAGAUUACAGCUGGAUCUCCACGAGCCGCCCCUGUCUCAGUGUGUGCAGUGGAUGGACGACGCUAAGCUGAAUCAGCUGAGGAGGGAGGGGAUCCGCUAUGCUCGAAUCCAGUUGUAUGACAACGACAUCUACUACAUCCCCCGCAAUGUGGUGCACCAGUUCAAGACUGUGUCCGCCGUCUGCAGCCUGGCCUGGCACGUCCGCUUGAAGCAGUACCACGCAGAGGAGAAGCUAGAGGAGGCCGAGGAGGAGGACAGGAAGCCCCCGGCGCCCGUCUCUCCCUCCAUCAAGCAGGAGCCCCCCUGCGAGACUCUGAUCACCCCCGUGAAUCCACCCCCCACUGCAGACACCAGGCAGCUCAGAGACACACCCCCCGUGCCCCAGAUCAAGGUGGAGGAGGUGGAGCCUGUCCCAGAGUGGACGACCAAAGCUGCCAGCUACGCUCGCAGCUGCUCCGGUGCGGCACCGCCAGCCGAUGUGUCAGACAGCCGACCCAAAGCACACCAACAUGCGGAAUGUCUAAGCGCUCCCACACACUCUCCCAUGCCCAAACCGACACCAAGCCUGAGCACUGCGCCAACCAAACACCCACAUCCCUCUACUCCUACCAAACAUGCACAUCCUUCUACCCCAACCAAACACACACACACACCUACACCAGCCAAACACAUGCACUCCAGCUCCACAUCCAAACACAGCCACUCAUCUGCUGCACCCAAGUCCACUAAUUCUGCCACAAUGCCAACCAAACACCCAUACCCCACAAACACAACCAAGCCCUCACACACUACCCCAGCACCCAAACACACACAUUCCCUCAAUCCCAAAGCCAGCUCUGGACAUUCAGAGAGUCGGACUGCUCCUCCCCAGACACAAAUUCUGCCCAAGUCUGUUCUGCCCCAGGCUGUUCUGCACCAGUCUCAACAGCAGCAACCAUCCCCACCUCCACCCCCACCUUGGCCAGACAGAGCCCAGGACUCUCUCCACCCAAUGCCCGCUGUCACACCACAAGACACUCGGUCGCACCACUCACUCAAUCCCCUCAUGCAUGAACACCAGAAAGACUUUUUAUACUGAUUUGUACAUAACUGUUUUUUAAAUGACUUUUCUGUUGUAUCUUACUUUUUUUCUUACAUUGUUUCAAGGUUGACUUUUGAAUUCGUAUAGAUCUAAAGAGGUGUAAACAAAGGAAAGAUGGGCAUAACACCAACAUUGCGUGGUAGAAGGAAGCAGCGUGGCCAAGUGCAGCUCCCUCUCCUGUUAGCAGUCGAAUAGCCAAUGUAGCGCGCGACAUUCCUCAGUGCCUCUAACUGUGAACUCUCGAAGCACUUAGGGCCAGCUGCACUGCUACCCUGCAGGUCAGAGAGAGAAAAAAAGACAACCACACAUACAGGUCCUUAAAUAAUAUAUAUUUUUAAGUUGUAGGCUAUAGUCAUUAUUAGAGCUGACAUGAACAUAUAUAUUUUUAAGAUGAGAUGAGACAGAAUUCUUUUAAUGACUCCAAGCUUUUCCAUAGAGCUUAUUUAUAUCAAGGUUUUUUGUUUGGUUUUUUUUUUUGUUGUUGUUUUAUUUUCUUUGUUUCAUUUUUAUUGUCAGCACUGUAGUGUAUAUAACAUUUUUCUAAGAAAAUGUGUAGUUUGAUUUAUAUCUAAUUAAGAACCUCGUAAUAAAAGUUCUUGAUCUUGGAUCGUUGUCAUGUAAACAAGGGCUACACUGAAUGAUCAUGUGCAUAAUUCAGAUUGACUCGGUGUAAGGUAGGCUCCUGGACUUACCAACACGCUUCCACUGUCAUGAAUAAUCCAGAAACGUUUCCAUGGUUACCCUGUGUAGAACUUAAGACAACUAUGUUUGGAGAUGAAUGAAGAUUAAAAGCAUAGGAUCACUGCA